UCUAAAAUUAUUCUCUCUCCCUAUUUGGAAAAACUAUUUUGCGUUGGUAUUGUGAGAGUUCUUUUUGGACAUGGCUGAUCGAAAAGCUGAUGGUGGUAGAUGGAUGUAUGAUGUUUUUCUGAGUUUUAGAAGUGAGAAUACUCGCAAGAACUUCACGGAUCACCUCUACCAUGCACUGAGAGAUGCUGGAAUUAAUGUGUUUAGAGAUGAAAAUGAAAUCCCACGUGGGGAACAUAUAACCACCGAGCUCGAACAAGCAAUCCAAAGGUCUAAGAUUGCAAUUAUUGUUUUCUCAAAGGGUUAUGCGGAUUCGAGAUGGUGUUUGGAGGAGCUCGUGAAAAUUAUGGAAUGUAGGAGAACUCUGAACCAAUUGGUCUUGCCUGUGUUUUAUGAUGUUGAUCCAUCUGAUGUGAGGAAUCAGAAGGGAAGUUUUGGAGAGGCAUUUUCUCGAUAUCAACUACAUUUUGGUUCGGAAAAUUAUAACAAAAUUCUUAGCUGGAGAAUGGCUUUGACCGAAGCUGCAAAUUUAGCUGGCUUCAAUUUGGAAAAUAUUGCUGAUGGGCAUGAAGGUAAAUUUAUCAAGAAAAUUAUUCAAAAGGUAUCGAGGGAUCUGAAGAGAAUCAUUGAUGUAGCUCACCAUCUUGUAGGCAUUGAUUUUCAUGUUAAUGCAAUUACUUCAAAGCUAGGUGUUGGAUUAGGUGGUGUGCGCAUGGUAGGGAUUUGGGGUAUGGGAGGUGUGGGUAAAACAACCAUUGCAAAAGCAGUUUAUAAUCUACUUUAUGAUGAUUUUGAUGGAGCUUGUUUUCUCGACAACAUUAAGGAUACUUCAGAGCAGUUGAAUGGGCUAGUUCACUUGCAAGAAAAACUCCUCAAGUCUAUCUUCAAAUCAAGCAAAAUUGAAUUACAAUAUGUUCAUGAAGGAAUCACACAACUGCAACAAAGACUUCCUCACAAGAAGGUACUUCUAAUAUUAGAUGAUAUAGAUGAUAUGGGGCAGUUAAAUGCAUUAGCAAGAAGUCGUUGCUGGUUUGGUGCAGGAACCAGAAUCAUUAUAACAACUAGAAAUGAGCAUUUUCUCAAGAAUUUUCAGGUGGAUGCAAUAUGCACAAUAGAUGAAAUGAAUGAGAACGAAGCUCUUGAACUCUUUAGUUGGCAUGCCUUUCACAAUAAGUACCCUUCUGUAGAUUAUUGUCAACUUUCAAAACGUGUGGUUAGUUAUUGUGGAGGAUUACCGUUAGCUCUUGAAGUGUUAGGUUCUUUCUUGUAUGGUCGAACGGUGCUCGAAUGGGAAGAUGCGUUGAAUAAGCUAAAGAAAAUUCCUCUGGAUGAAAUUUCAAGAAAGCUGAAGACAAGUUUUGAUGGUCUUGGUGAUCAAGCAUACAAGGAUAUAUUUCUUGAUAUUUCGUGCUUUUUUAUUGGAAUGGACAAGAGUGAGGUUACACGAAUAUUGGAUGGAUGUGGGUUUUUUCCAAUAAUUGGCAUUAGUGUCCUCCUUCAAAGACGCCUUCUAAGAGUUGACCACGAAAACAAGUUUAGGAUGCACGACUUACUUAGAGAUAUGGGAAGAGAGAUCGUGCAUAAUGAAUCUCGAAAAGAGCCUGCUAAACGAAGCAGAAUUUUUGUUAAUGAUGAUGUGCUCGAUGUACUUGAGAAACAAAAGGGAGCCGAUGUAACUGAAGGCCUAUCUUUAAAGUUGUCAAUAUCUAGCAAGAAAAAUUUUCAUACAAAAGCAUUCAGUGAAAUGCAAAAAUUGAGAUUGCUUCAACUUAAUUAUGCACGCAUAAGAGGAGAUUUUAAACAUAUCUCGCAAGAGUUGAGGUGGAUUUGUUGGCAUGGAUUCCCUUUAGAGUCCUUACCAAAAAGCUUUCAUUUGGAGAAAGCGGUAGCUAUUGAUUUGAGAUAUAGUCAUCUGAUCAAAUUCUUCCAGAAGGAACCUAAGUUUUCACUGGAGAAGUUGACAAUUCUUAAUCUUAGCCACUCUCGUUACUUGACAUGUACUCCGAAUUUCUCGAAACUCCCACAUCUUCAGAAAUUAGAACUCGAAGAUUGUAAGAGUUUGGUUAAGGUUGAUGAUUCUAUAGGAUGUCUUCAGAAACUUGGAUUCAUAAAUUUGAAAGACUGCAUAUGCUUGAAUAAGCUUCCAGAGGCUUUUUGUGAACUAAAAUCCCUUGAAAGGCUUAUUCUUUCUGGCUGCUCAAAGUUAGAGAAGCUGCCUAAUGAAUUGGGGAAGAUGGAAUCAUUGACAACCCUUGCAGCCGAUGGUACUUGUAUACAAGAAUUGCCAUCUACAAUUGUGGGGUUGAAGAAACUCAAAUGUUUGUCCAUAACUAGAUCUAACCGGCUUCUAUCAAAGUCACUGGCUGAGAUCUUGUGGUCUAGGAUUUUCCCAAGUAAAUUUUCAAAUUCUAUUGUGCUCCCAAUGUGUUUACAAGGUUUCAAGUCCCUAACGAUACUACGUCUUCGAAAUUGCAACGUGUCAGAUGAUGCAAUUCCUAAAGACAUAGGGAGCUUGGUGUCUCUAAUGACAUUGGAUUUAGGAGGCAAUGACUUUGAUGCCCUACCAUCAAGCAUCAGCUGCCUUUCAAACCUUUACGAUCUUAAUUCGAGUGGUUGCUCAAAGCUUGAACAAAUAUUAAAUCUACCACCUUACUCACGAUGGAUUGAUGAAGUAAAAUGCAAGGCAUUGGAAAACAUAUCAGAACUACCAAAGAACGUCGAGCUUAUAGAGUGGAUAAAUGUUGCAGAAUGCCCCAAGGUAGUUGAGAUUUCAAGCUUUGACGGGGUGGUGCCAUAUAUUCCCAGUAUUAAGAUGUCGGGGGGUCAUUCAAAGUUGAAUCAGUCAUUUAAACAGAUCUUCCAGAGAAUGUUUGAAGAAAUAAAUGGAGGAAUAAAGGUAUGCAGUUUUCCAGAUGGGGCUGUUUCUGAGGAAAGCAGUUGGUCGCUACAUGUUGAAGCAUCUCAAAUUGCUGACUUUGAUUUCGAAGGAGCAGACAUUGAGUCUAUUAUGUAUCAUUGUCCUGUAGGCUUGAGAACAAAUGAUUGGUGGUUCAGAAAUGAUGAAUUACCAAAAGUAGGAGAUGGUGGGAAUGGCACUCACAUUAUUGGGAAAACUUGCUUUGAAUUCAGUGGAGGAUCUUCGAAUAGGACUAAAAUGGAUCACACCAUUAAGAUUAGUGAGGAAGAUAGAUUUCCAGCUCAAAUUACUAGCUUAUCUCGCAUUAGCAAUGUUAACAAGCUUAUCAAAGAGAAGCUUACUCCAACACAGUUGUAUAUGUUCAUAAAACGAACAAUAUUCGGGCGCUUUGUGGGCCUCAAUCUGAUGUUCUGCAGUUCCUUGGUGCCUGCUUAGGGAGGUUACUGACAGCACGACAGAUUGAAUGAGCUUCAAUAUUGGGGGCACCACCGUGACCUUCUCGAAGGCCGAGUUCUUAUUUAUAAUUUGGUUGUGAUGGCCAUCUCGUAGGAUCGUUAAGAAGAAUGUUUCAAAGAAAAGGCUCCGAAGACAAUACUCCAAGGAUUUGGUUGAUUUUUCGCUUGACAAUUUUGAAACUCGAUACAAGUUGACUGUCUUUGCCAAGGACGAGGACGUUGUAAAGGUAACCUUGAUAUACUACACCGAAUUUGUAACGAUGGGUAAGAACGAGGUGAAGUCCAACAUUUUUGACUGAGUUUGAUCCAUAUGUCCUUCGCUUCAUUUUUAGUAUUUUAUUGGUGGGAUUUAGUGUGCUUCAUGUCUUGUUUCAUAGACAAUUACUUUCUAGUUUUGACCGAUUCAAGUUUGGAGUUUAAUUUAAUGAAAUUUAAAAUUUAAAAUUUAAAUUGACACGUUGGCUAUGUAUAGGAAUGGAAAUAAGUUGACAAAGUUUUCUUGAUGCAACAAUUGUA